UAAUACGAAGCGGGAAUUUGAUGAUUUGAUCCCAAGUGGUUCAGAAAAUGGAGGAUUCCAGAGAGAUUGAUGAGACGGAGAGAAUGGAAGAGGAGACGACGACGGCAGGCCAAAACGACGGUAGUUCAAAGCGGAUUCAGCCCUGGAACAAACACAUAACCAUUCGAGGACUGGUGGCGAGUUUAUUGAUCGGGAUUAUCUACAGUGUGAUCGUAAUGAAGCUUAAUUUGACGACUGGUUUGGUCCCAAAUCUCAACGUUUCUGCUGCACUUUUGGCCUUCGUGUUCAUUAGAACAUGGACGAAGCUGGUUCAUAAAGCUGGCUUCGUAACGACGCCGUUUACCAGACAAGAGAAUACCAUCAUUCAGACAUGUGCUGUUGCUUGCUACAGCAUUGCCGUUGGAGGUGGAUUUGGGUCUUAUUUAUUGGGAUUAAACAAGAAGACAUAUGAGCAAGCAGGGGUUGAUACAGAAGGGAAUUCAGCUGGGAGUUAUAAAGAACCUGGGAUCGGCUGGAUGACUGGUUUUUUGUUUGUUACCAGCUUCGUUGGUCUUUUGGCUUUGGUUCCUCUCAGAAAGAUUAUGAUCAUCGACUACAAAUUGACAUACCCAAGUGGAACAGCUACAGCAGUGCUCAUCAAUGGCUUCCAUACUCCCAAAGGAGACAAAAUGGCCAGGAAGCAAGUUGUGGGGUUUGCGAAAUUCUUCACAGGGAGUUUCGCUUGGGCUUGUUUCCAGUGGUUCUUUUCAGGAUCAGGCAAAUGUGGAUUCACAUACUUUCCUACAUUCGGGUUAACAGCAUAUGCAAACACGUUUUAUUUUGAUUUUAGUAUGACUUACAUAGGAGCAGGAAUGAUAUGUUCGCAUCUUGUGAACUUGUCGUUGCUUGCAGGAGCCGUGCUAUCAUAUGGUGUAAUGUGGCCACUCAUAGGUGACCGCAAAGGCAAUUGGUUUCCUGCAAGUUUAUCAGAAAGCAGCAUGAAGAGUCUAAAUGGCUAUAAGGUUUUCAUUUCGAUCGCGCUUAUCCUAGGAGAUGGUCUAUACAAUUUUCUCAAGAUCACUUUCUUCACUGCAAGAAACAUAUAUACCACCUCAAGAAAGAACCCUAAAACCAACCCAGAUAGCAACAAUCAACCUCUCGAUAACCUCCAAAAAAACGAGGUGUUCUUGAGAGAAAGCAUUCCCUUCUGGGUUGCAGCGAUUGGUUAUGUGAUCUUCUCGGUUGUUUCCAUUAUUAUCAUCCCAAUCAUGUUUCCGGAGCUCAAAUGGUAUUUUGUUCUGGUCGCCUAUGUUAUUGCACCAUCUUUGGGCUUUUGUAAUGCCUAUGGUGCUGGUUUAACAGACAUGAAUAUGGCAUAUAAUUACGGGAAGGUUGCUCUUUUUGUGCUUGCUGCAAUGUCCGGAAAGCAAAAUGGUGUUGUGGCUGGACUUGUUGGAUGUGGUUUGAUAAAAUCAAUGGUCUCGAUUUCCUCUGAUUUGAUGCAUGAUUUCAAGACGGGUCAUCUGACCCUUACUUCACCUAGGUCAAUGCUGGUUAGCCAAGCUAUUGGGACGGCCAUCGGAUGUGUGGUGGCUCCUCUCACGUUUUUCCUUUUCUACAAAGCAUUUGAUGUUGGGAAUCCAGAUGGAGAAUAUAAAGCUCCUUACGCCAUUAUUUACCGCAAUAUGGCAAUUCUAGGCGUCGAAGGAUUCUCUGCACUGCCUCACCAUUGCUUACAGCUCUGUUAUGGGUUUUUUACGUUUGCCAUGAUGGCGAAUUUGGUACGGGACACCUCUUCAAAGAAAAUAGGGGCAUGGAUUCCGUUACCAAUGGCUAUGGCUGUGCCGUUUCUUGUUGGGGCUUAUUUCGCUAUCGAUAUGUGUAUGGGAAGUCUAUUUGUGUUUAUAUGGCAUAAGAUCAAUAAGCAGAAGGCAAACCUGAUGGUACCUGCUGUUGCUUCAGGUUUGAUUUGUGGUGAUGGAUUAUGGAUUCUUCCUUCCUCAAUCCUUGCAUUGGCUGGAGUCAGACCUCCUAUCUGCAUGAGCUUUUUGCCUACAAAGAACUAAUGAAGUUGGGAUUAUUCAAACGAAAUUACACAUCCCUUGGCAGUUUUGUUAUAAAGAUUAGAAGUUUAGAACUCUGAUGAUUGUAACUCGCAUGUAAUAUAGAAUAAAUAGAAAGCGUAAUAAACAUAAAAUUGUACCAACCAAAUAUUGUAAUAGUAGAAAACAUGUGAAUCAAGAUUCAAGGGUUCUAAGAGUGUAAUUUGCACUUUUUUCACAAAA